CCCUUGCGGUGUUUACAGGCGUGUGCUGAGCUGAUUCUGCUCCUGCAGUGAAAUAAACGCAUUAACUUUGUCAUGUGCGAACAGCGCGGUGCAGAAAACUAGUGACUUUACUCUUAUCCUGACACCGAGAAGCGCCAUGUAUCGGUCUCUGUACGCCUUCAACUCGCAGGAGCCGAACUCCAUGCCGUUCGCGGCCGGAGAGACGUUUGUGAUCGUGGAGAGAAGCAGCUUGCACUGGUGGCUGGGAUCCCGCUGUAGCUCCGGAGAAACCGGCUACAUCCCGCCGUCAUACCUGCAGAAGAUCCAGGCUCCAGAGCAUGAUGAGGUUUUGCAGUCAAUAGACAGAGCCAUCGAGGGGAUCCACAAUGUAGCCAUGAAAAACGACGGGAAGUACAACCUGGAGCAGAGAGACGUGCUGCAGAAGCUGAUCCACCACAGGAAGGAGAUUAUGUCUCGCCGGAGUCCAACGCCAUCCAAUCACAAAACAGGAAUCCCCUCCUCCAGCAGUGAGGUGUCACUAAGCUCCGCCCAUCAAACACCUAACGGCCUGAGCCGGGCUUACAGCUGUCAGGCCAGCGAGUCGAUCACAGAUAACACAGAGAAUGUGAAUGUACUGGGACUUUACCAGGUUCCUCCUCAGCCUCGUCGAGCUGCUCCCAUAACUCCACCCCCUCCAGAGAAACGGAAGGAAAACCGACGUCCAGGUCCUGAGGUUCCAGCCAGAGUGACCUCCUCUGGCUCCGCCCACAUGCCUGGACAGACCACCCCUGUGUCUGUCUCUUCAACCAUAAGCUCCACCUCCUCCCAGUCUGGCUCCACCCACUCUGUCCUUCUCUCCGAUGACAGCCUCCCCAGUGCGUCUAGCACUCCACCUCCCGUGCCGAGCCGAACAAAAGUCCCGCCCCCUCCUCCUCCUGACACCUCGCAAACUCAGAAGACCCCGCCCCUCCCUCGACCUGACCACUCCCAUUUUGAGAAGACCAUGACUCCUCCUCCACCUGAGCUAUCUCACUCUGAAAAGACCCCACCUCCUCCUCCACCCGAAUCCUCCUCUUUCUGUAACGAAGGUUCGGCCCCUCGACCCCAGCCCCAGUCCAUCAUGUCUCAACCUGACACUGCGGACCAAUCAGAAGCCGAGUGGCCCUCAGCACCACCCCCUGUAUCUUUCAGCCCCACUGCUACUGACAGCCCCACAUGUUUGUCCUUGGUUCCCAUGACAACAGGGGCGGAGCUGAUUGAGCUUGUCAGAAAGAACACAGGUCUUAGUUACGAGAUGUCACGUGUCGCUGUGGGAGUGGUAGUCGGCCAUCUCCAGGCAACCCUCCCGGGGGCCGCGGGUGAGAUGGAGCAAGUGUUGCUCUCCUUGGUGGAGAGCAAGGACCUGGGUGCGGCUUUGCCACGGGGACAAGUGUGUCAUGAUGAGCAGAGGUUAGAGGUCAUCUUCAAUGAUUUAGCUCGUCACCGUGACGACUCGCAGCAGCGUAGCUGGGCUCUGUACGAGGACCAUGAGCUGAUCGCGUGCUACCUGGAGGAGCUACUGCAGAUUCUGACAGAUGCAGAUCCAGAAGUGUGUAAGAGGAUGUGCAGGGCUAAUGAGUCUGAGCCUGUACUGUCUCUUGUCUCUUAUUACCAGAUGGAACAUCGUGUUUCUCUGCGGCUGCUGCUGUUGAAGGUGUUCGGUGCAAUGUGUGGUCUGGACGCCUCGCUCAUCUCCACACUGCUCAACUCCAUCCUUCCCAUGGAGCUCGCACGAGACCUGCAGAGCAACACACAUGAACAUCAGAAGAUGUGUUACACAGCACUGGUGAUGGCCAUGAUCUUCUCCAUGGGAGAGCAGCUGCCCUACCGCCAUUACGAUCACCUGAACUCUGGAUUUAUUAAGUUCCUGUUGGAGGUGAUUGAGGACGGACUUCCAUCAGACCCAACUGAAAAACUUUCAGACCUGAGUGUCAACCUGCUGCUCGCCUUCAACCUGCACUUCACAGUGCCGGACAGUAACCUGGUGAUGCAAACUCUGAUAAAGAGACACAAUGUGAAAACUCUCACUGAGAAAAUCCUGCUGCUGCUCAACAGAGGAGACGACCCUGUGUGCGUAUUUAAACACGCCCCACCAGCUCCACACUCUGUACUUAAGUUCCUGCAGGACAUUUUCUCCAGCCACAACACUGCUGACAUUUUCUACCACACUGACAUGAUGGUGAUGAUCGAUAUUGUGGUCCGGCAAAUCUCAGACCUGUCUCCGGGAGAAAAGCUGAGGAUGGAGUAUCUCUCACUCAUGCACGCAAUCAUUCGGUCCACUGAUUACCUGCAGCAUCAGCACCGUUUCUCUGACCUGCAAGCUGCACUACAUAGAAUUCUGGGAGAGGAGGAUGAUCCCGGGGAGGACGAGAGCUUGGCUCAGGCCAGAAAGAUGGACAAGCUCAUAGUCCAGCAGGUUUAUAAAGAGUUCCCUCAGAUCGGCACAGACUGACAGCUGCGUCUCAAACGCUGACCGAGUGCAGGUGUAGAAUCACACAACCACAUGAACCAGUCGUUUCUAAACAUAACUAUGCUCGUAGAGACAAAACAAGUGCAAUUCCGCAUUGUCCAGAUCGACACACAGUAAAUUCUACUUCACUAUAAUUAGCGCAGCAUCGUCAACCAGAAUCAGCCGAGACUUGUUCAUUGUACAUAAGAUACAGCUUACAGCUGCACCAUUACACUUUUGGAGGUGGAGGUUUGAAAUGUUUUGCCAUGUGAAAGCUAACUGCACUGAAGUGGAGAAAAGGAUGGAGGUCUAUAUAAUAUAACUGCACAAGUCUUUAGAUUACAAUAAACACAGUUAUUCAAGUUAAGUGAAAUGGUGUUAUGCAGAUGUUAUAACAUCUGUAUUCACCUUAUAUUCUGGGAAAUAUGGUACUGAGUGCUGGAGGUCAACCUGAAUGCAAUAGUUUGUAGCUAACUCGUGUACUUCCUCAGGCUUCCGCAUCAGCGUAAGGGAAUAAAUCUGAUCUAACAACCUGCAGACUUUUUCCUCGUUACUGUCCUGUUCUAGGUGAAUCUCAGCUUUAACCUCCUUAGCCUUACUAAACCUUCUGUGCUGUGUUCCAGCUGUUCUAGUGAUACUUCACACUGCGACGUUCAAUGUUAUUGUUCUUAAACCAUUCAAACUUUGUAUUAUUUUUCUUUUGGUUCAGAUACAUAUCAUCUCGAAUCAUCUCAGUUGCUACCUCUCUUUAUUUCUGGGAGUUUUAGUUUGUUAAUUCCAUUCUCAUGAUGUAAUGGAGGAUAUUCUCCUUCCCUGUGUGUCCGGUAUUAAACGCUAGAUCUUACUUUCUGUCCGUAUGAGAAUUCACACCUGCUCCUUAACUCAUACACACAAACUGAGUGUGGAUCUGUUUCAUGUUGCUUUAAUGAUGUAUGGAAGCUUAUUAAUAAACCUUGUUUAGAAGGGAAAUGGUAAUAAAAUGUAUUUUCAUAAAGAUUACUCACUAAUAAAAAUGCCAGUCAUCUCUAUAAACA